ACUCACUACAGGCCAGAAACAGGAAGAGAGGUUAUUUUCCCUUCUCAGAAAUCGAAACUUACGAGCCAGAACCUGCUGAAGCAGUUACUCAGCAGAGGAGUGCCCGGAUCACGCAGGUACAGUUCUGAUAGAAGCAGGGCCUCGUGGACUGUGGCUCUCUUGUCCCAGGUGAGCCCAGGCAGUCUACAGACACAGGCAAUGGAGGAAGAAUUCCAGUUCCUGCUCUGCCAGGGAUGCCAGAAAGAACUCAGAAAUCCUAAGCUCCUGUCUUGCCUUCACACUUUGUGCACUGACUGCCUGGAAGAGAACAAGCCUGUUGGCCAGUGCCCCAUCUGCCACCAUCCCAUCCCACAAGCCAGUGGGAUCCCAGACCAGGACAACCUGCUGUUUGCCAAUCUGCAGGCCAAGCUGAGCAUCUACCAGAAGAUCGUCCAAGGCAAUGACCUGGUCUGUGACAACUGUCUGAAAGAGGGAGAGUUCUGGUGCUCUGACUGCAAGGAGUUCCUCUGUGUCAAGUGCUUUGAGACCCACCAGAGGUAUCUAAAGCGAGAGAGCCAUGAGGCCAAGGCGGUAAAGAAUCUCAAGAUGGGAUCUGCCAAGGAGUUUCUUGAUGGUUCCAGGAAGCUCAGUAACUUGUCCUGUCCCAAUCCAACCCACGCAAACCAAAUGCUGAGCAUCUACUGCACAGAGUGCCAAAAACCGAUCUGCUGCAUCUGUGCCCUGCUGGACAGCUGGCACACAGGCAAGCACUGUGAUAUCAAGGUGGAAAUCCAACAGAGGCAGCAGGAGCUGGGGAGCGUGAGUGAAGAGCUGAACAAGAAGGAGGAACUCUUCCAAGAUGCCUAUUGUAACCUGAAGAGAAAAGCUGACCAUCUGUACCAGGUGAGGAAUGAAACCCAGGAGCUGAUCCAAAAGAGAGUUGAGCAGAUGGUGCAGCUGAUCCGAGAGAAGGAGCAGGAACUGCUGGAGAUGGUGGAGAGGCUGCACCACCUGGGGAAUGAGGAGCUGGAGGGGAAGCUGCAGCAGACAGAAGCUGUGCUCAAGAGGAUGGGCGCCAGCAAGCAGCUGGUGGAGAAGAUGCAUCUCUAUGCAUCGGACCAGGAAGUGAUGGACCUGCACUCCUUCAUCAAGGGGUCACUGGAGGACCUCAGGAAGCUGCAGCCCCUGGCCGUGGGAGCCACUAUCCAGGCUGGAGGCUUCGCCAAGUGUAAAGCCAGACUCCAGGCUCUGUUUGAAAGAGUGACUGGGGAGGGAGGUACCUCUGCUCCCCAAUGUGCCCCCCCGUCGGAGGACAAGAACACUGUGACACUCAGCCUUGAGCCUCUGCAUCCUCCAGAGGCUUCCCACCAGCGGAGACACCUCCCUGCCAAUGACAGUGAAGGGCUGUUCUCCCAUGAGGACCUCAUGUGUUCCCCCAGCUCCCAGACUGAGCCCUGCCCACCCGAGGAUGGAGGAGGAGAUGUCUGUCCAGCUAACUGGGGUGAUGGCUCUCCAGUGCUACAAAUCACUCCACCAGCCCAGGCACGAAGGAAUGGGGAGGAGGAGAACGCCUUCAGGCAGCUCACAAGUGCUGAGGCAGGAGAGAGGGCCAGGACAGGAGAUGGGGCCAGGACAGGAACCGGUGCAUCGAUGGAUCAUGGCAGAGAAGCUGCCCCAGCUGGAUUCACGGAUAAUUUCAGCAAGGCCCCGUCGUUGUCUUUACCAGUGAAGAGGAAAGGAGUCGAAACCGAGGCCCCUGCGAAGGUGAUCAAGACUGAAGCUGAUGCAGGCAAAUGGGAGCAAUCAGCAAGGAAGCACCAGCAGAAUUUGCUGGAACAACCAGGGACCAGCUCGUCAACAUCAAGCAGCUCUUCUUGUGUGACGGACAGCUUCAGUGCAGCCAGAGUAGCUGACUUGCUGGAAAAUAACAGCUACAAACUAUGUGAGCCAGAUGAUUCCACAGGUUGUUUGGACAGCUCUGAAGAGGAUGACAGUGAUGAAGAGUCAACAGACUCUAGUCUGCCAGACAACAUCAACAGCGUCAGUUGUGAGAGCAGCGAGGGAGACCUCCUGGCCUUUCCUGCCAGCAGCCCGAGGGAACUCGACAUGAGACAAGCAUCACUGCUCUUCUUCGACCUCAAGUUCUUGACAGUGAAUACGAUCCUUCAGCUGGCUGUGGUGGACGGAGAAAAGAGCUUUACCGUCUUGAUUCAGCCGCUGACAUCUUUGCCUGGCUUGAUCUCAAAAGGCAGCGUCUGUGAGAUUGGUGUGAAGACCUUAUUCCGCUGCCUCUGCUCUGUCCACAAACCCAUUUUAGUAGGGUAUGACCUCUGGUCACCAGCCCUUCCUGUCCUGUUUCAAUCCCUUGAUCUCCUUAGCAAGAAAGAGGAGUUUAGUGCAGCUGUCUUUGGUUUCCUGGACAUCUUGCCCCUGAUUAAAGAGAAGAUCCCUAAGGCUGGGAGUUACAAACUGAAGAACCUGGCCAACACUUACAUUUGGCGGCAGCUCAGUGAUAACAGCCCCCUGGAUAAUGCAAAGGCCCUAAGGGAUCUGUGCACAGUUCUGGAGGUUGAUCCAAUGGAGGACCCAAGGCCUGUGGUCACCUGCUCUAAUCUGGAAUGUUAUGCUUCCCUUCAGCCAUUGCUGAAUAAGAAACUUCUCAGUAAGCCUUCGGUGCAGAUGCUGUCCAUGCACAAUGUGAGCCUUUCCAAGCUCCACACCUUAUACCUGAUGGACCCUGAGAAAGGGCUGCAGAAGUUCUGCAGGUUCUUCAAUUCUCGGCUGCAGAGCUCUGAGAAGAAAAUCCGAAAGCUAAGUAAGAUCAAAGCCCAUUUCCAGAGCCCACAGCCAUCAGCUGGGCACCAAGCAGCAGCAGCAGCAAAUGAACUGCCACGAGCGAUAAAGAGUGAGCCAGACUACUGACGUACAUCUACAGCUCAGACAAAUAUAUCUGUGUAUGGCACCUCAGGUAUGAGGCUGAGCAGCAACAUUCAGCUCUCAGGUCCAGACUCCACCAGAAUUCAAGAAGUUUAGAUUCACCAUUUUCAGUUUGGCCCAUUAUUUAGAGCAGGGCCUGUUAAAAGCUCACAUCUAGAUCUAAACUAUGAAUUUCAGGGAUGCUUGGAUCAGGUGUUCAGAGGGGGGAGUGGAGCUCUCCUCCCACCCUCCAUUUGUAUUUAUUUCAUGUACAAAACUUUGUUAAGGUGAAGUGCUUAGGACAGUAGCCUAGGGAAACAUGGGUUCAAGUCCCUGCUCCACCACAGACCUCCUGUGUGACCUGGAGCAAGUCAUGCAGCCACUCUCUGCCUUAGUUUCCCAUCUGCACAAUAGGGAAAAUAGCCCUGCCCUGCCUCGCUGGAAUGUUAGGAGGCAGUGGUUAUAUCCUAUGGGACCAAAUAAGUACCCAAGAUAGACCGCAAUCAGGAUUGCAGAGCCAUAUCAGUGGCUUGAGGACAUACUGCCUGUCAGGAAUAUUAAAGUCCCUCAAGCAUUAAACCCCCCAAUGAUGCAGAGUUAAGGGUGCUACUCUGAGGAGGACUUCUGGUAGUAAUAACACUGCAAUCUGACCAUACAUGGUUUCCACCAGUGCUGCCAUCAAUGGAGCUGCACCAGUAGUUGUGGAACCUAAUUUUCCUAGUGCAGACAAGGCCUGUGUUACCUGAUAUAUCCAUUUCCUCCCUUCUGCUUGGUGUACAGCCCAGAUCCUCAAAAGUGUGUAGGCACAUAACUCCAUUGAGAGUCAGGCACCUAAAUACUUUUGAGAAUCUGGACCUACAUGACUAGAGGGAGGACUCUUGUCUGUCCAGCCAGUACUUCCUUGUAUUUAUCAUCACCAUCAGCCUGGAGAUUAAGCAACUUUUGUACAAUUAUAUGCACAAGAAUUGCCUAUGUGAUUGAUUCAGGGGGCUGGACUCGAUGACUUUUCACUGUCCUUUUAGUCUUACAUGUCUAUGAUUGUGUCAGCAGCAUGCAGGGCAAGGGGAAUUUUAAUUAUAAUAAAAUGAAAUGUCGUUGCUCCCUUCUAGAAGUGUGGCGUAGAUCCUCAAAGAUAUGGCACCUAACUCACGUUGAUUUCAUGCAAGGUAGGAGCUUAAAUAUCUUGGAGGAUCUGGACCACUGUCCUUUUUGUAUUUUCCUACUUACCCUGCAAAUUUCCUGCUACUUUCCAAUGUAGAUUGCAAAUUCCUUGGGGCAGAGAAUCCAUUGUCAUUGGUGUUUGUAAAGAGCUAUGUAAGAAAGAAAUAAAAUUCAUAAUUUGAUAUGAA